AUGACCAAGAAUCACCCCGCUCUUCGCAAGAGCGUCUCGAACGCGGACCUCUACGCUGAGCCAUCGCCCGCCCCGCGGCACGCAAGCUUAUCGCGCGCGUUCACAACUACGACUGCUCCCCACCGGCCGAGGAACCCAUUCGUCCAUGCGCAGGCGUAUCAAACCCAGCGACUGGCGAGGCUGCACGCCGAUCCGCGCGAGCAACCCAUCGAUGGGUCCGCUUGCAGGCCUGCGCUGCAAGAGAACCACAGGCACAGCAUUGCUGCGCCCUACUCGUCGAAUCUAAUCGAUUUGAACGACGAUUGUGAGGCGUCCCAGGAGCAGCAGAGUCCGCCCCCUGUGCCCCCGAAGAUCCCCGAGAUACCGGCUUUCGAGAGGCAAGAGCCGGCGCGGGAGAAGGAGGGCCCUGAGAAAUACACGAAGCCGUUCACCGACUUCAUGACCGCGAACCCGACCAUUUUCCAUGCCGUGGACGCUGUCGCGAAAGACCUGGAGAAGGCGGGGUACAAGAAGCUUUCGGAGCGUGAUGACUGGGAGUUGAAGCAGGGCGGAAAAUACUAUGUUGACCGCAAUGGCUCCUCGAUCAUUGCCUUCUCUGUUGGUGACGACUACAAGGCUGGAAAUGGUGCUGCUAUCGUCGCUGGGCACAUUGACGCACUGACCGCCAAGCUGAAGCCUGUGUCCAACUUGCGGACCAAGGCAGGCUACGUACAGCUUGGAGUGGCUCCGUAUGCUGGGGGUCUAAACGAGACAUGGUGGGACCGCGAUCUCGGCAUUGGUGGCCGUGUUCUGGUCAAGGAGAACGGAAAAAUCGUGACGAAGCUGGUGAAACUGGACUGGCCCAUUGCCCGCGUACCUACGCUAGCACCGCACUUCGGGGCUGCAGCUGUAGGACCUUUCAACAAGGAAACACAGAUGGUGCCCAUCGUUGGCAUAGAUAAUUCGGAUCUUGGCAGCCCCGCCCAGACUAAUCAGCAAGGAGACUUCAAGUCCACCAUCCUGAGCGAGGGAACAUUCGCAGCGACUCAGCCAGAGAGGCUUGUUAAGGCGAUCAGCGAUGAGAUCGGUGUCCGCGAUUACUCGACCAUCGUCAACUGGGAGCUCGAACUCUUCGACAUCCAGCCGGCCCAGCUCGGUGGUCUUGGCAAAGAGUUCAUCUUCGCAGGCCGGAUCGACGACAAGCUCUGCUCCUGGGCAGCCAUACAAGCCCUCCUGAACACAACUACCGCCUCCUCCUCGCAAAUCAAGCUCGUAGCCCUCUUCGACGACGAAGAAGUCGGCUCGCUCCUCCGCCAAGGUGCCCGCGGCAAUUUCCUCCCCUCCGUCGUUGAGCGCAUCGUCGACGCUUUCGCCUCCUCCUCCGUCCGCUCUCUUGUCUCCCGCACCUACGCAAAUUCCUUCCUCGUCUCCUCAGAUGUGAUUCACGCCGUGAACCCCAACUUCCUGAACGCGUACCUCGAGAACCACGCCCCGCGUCUCAACGUCGGACCUGCGGUAUCUGCAGACCCCAACGCCCACAUGACCACCGACGCCGUAUCCACCGCCAUCCUCCAGCGCUGCGUGGACGCUGAUGUCGGCGCCCGCAAGCAGGAUCCCAAGCUCCAGGUCUUCCAGAUCCGCAAUGAUAGCCGAAGUGGAGGGACUGUGGGCCCGAUGCUUAGUGCCGCGACGGGGAUCCGAGCGAUUGAUUGCGGGAUUCCGCAAUUGAGUAUGCAUUCUAUUAGGGCGACGACGGGGAGCUUGGAUCCUGGACUGGGCGUGUUUACGUUUCAGAGUUUCUUAGAGAGGUUUGAGAGUGUGGAUGCGGAGUUCAAGGAGUAG